AAAAUUCAGGUUAUGUUUUGAUGUAAGUUAUUUUUGUUGUCAAACUGUCAUAUAUUUUUUUAAGAAUCAAAAUCAAAAAUUUAAAGCAGAUCUACCCAUGAAAUAAGCUGUCUCCCAUAUCACUGCAAAUAAGUAUCAUGUCGAAACAUUGGGGCGAGAUUUAUCCACCAUCAUCCUCAGAUUUUUCACUCCCAGAUGUUACAGCAGAUAUUGAGAAAGCAAUGGAUAAAUGUUGUUUGGCAGAAUAUGAAAAUGAUAGUGACCGGCAAACUGUUGGAAACAUUAGUUUACCUCCCUUGGAUCCAUUAAUAUCAUAUGCUAUUUCAUUGCACAAAUAUGCCAGCGAUAUGACGGAGAUGAUACGUGUAGCAGAGCUUGCAACUGAAAUGAAUUUAAUUCCACCUGAAGAUGCUGCACCUCCAAUGCCCAUGAUGCCUGAAAUUGAAUUAAAACACAAGAGAAAUAAUCUUAACUUUAUACCCAAAGAAACGACAGCUUUUACUGAAGGAGAACAUGUCCAAAUACCAAUGUUAUCAGAAGCAAUUGUUAAAAAAAUAUUAGCCAAGUGUAUAGCUGCUAUGUUUGCUCAUAUUGGUUAUGAAACUACCCAUCAAAGUGUUUUAGAUGUUAUGAUAGACGUACUAGAGUCUUUUUUCGAAAAGUUUUGUCAAAAAGUCAUUGAUUCAGCUGAAGACAGCUAUACUGAAAAUCCAUUAAGUUAUCCUAGCAAUAUAGAAAAAGUUUUAAUAGAAACUGGUAUGGGUGGAGUUAGAGGUUUACACGAUUAUUAUCAGAUUAGAGUAGUAAACUAUGUAAAUGUUUUACAAAGAAGAUGUUUGGAAUUAAAUGAACAUUACGCAGUACUUCUGAUUCCAAAAAGUCCAUCGCCUUCUGAUAAAUAUAGUAGUAUUGUUAGAGUUAAAGUAGAUGAAGAUGCAGGUGCUGUAGAAAUAGAAAACCCAGAGUUUCACUUUGCAUCUUUAGAUAUAGAUUCAGCAGUACUGGAAUCUGGCUUGCAGCUGUUACAUAGUUUAGAAGAAGCAGAAGAAAAUUUACAAGGUCUGGAAGAUACUAAUGAUGACGAAGCAAUUUCAGCAUCACCUGGAGUUGUUUCUAUUCCUCCAGAUGGAGAUGUAAGCAGUUUAUUUCCCUUUGCCAAAAAGAAACGACUGAAGUAAUUUUUUAUGACCAGUAAUACCUGUAAAGUCUUAUAAAUGUGUAAGUUCA